AUGAAGCAGGCUCAACGUAUCCUGCUAAAGCAGGCUCGCCGUAUCCUACUGGAGCAAGCUGGACGCAUUUUACUGGAGCAGGCUGGACGCAUCUUACUGGAGCAGGCUGGACGCAUCUUACUGGAGCAGGCUGGACGCAUCUUACUGGAGCAGGCUGGACGCAUCUUACUGGAGCAGGCUGGACGCAUCUUACUGGAGCAUGUUCGACGCAUCUUACUGGAGCAGGCUGGACGCAUCUUACUGGAGCAGGCUGGACGCAUCUUACUGGAGCAGGCUGGACGCAUCUUACCGAAGCGUGUUGGACGCAUCUUACCGAAGCGUGUUGGACGCAUCUUACCGAAGCGUGUUGGACGCAUCUUACUGGAGCAGGCUGGACGCAUCUUACUGGAGCAGGCUGGAUGCAUCUUACUGGAGCAGGCUGGAUGCAUCUUACUGGAGCAGGCUGGAUGCAUCUUACUGGAGCAGGCUGGAUGCAUCUUACUGGAGCAGGCUGGAUGCAUCUUACUGGAGAAGGCUGGAUGCAUCUUACUGAAAAAGGCUGGAUGCAUCUUACUGAAGCUGCGUUGCUGUGGGCGUGACAUUAGCGUGUGCAGCAUGGUGCGGGUGCGGGUGUACUCGCGGGCGGUGGUGGGCGGCUAUCUGGUCGCCCUGGUGCUUCUCCUGCUGGUGAUCCAGAUCGUGAAUGACGGCAGGACUUACCUGAGUCUUCCAGCGGUGGUGGCCGACUACGAAGACCACUUCGCUCCAGACGCAGUGAUGGGCGUGGAGGGCGGGGAGGGCAAGGGUGGGUGGCGGGCGGCGGUCUGCACCCUACAGGCCAACACCACCACCCCGCCCUUCCCUGUCAGGCUGCCCAAUUUCACAGCUUCUUCCAGCGACAAGAACAUCUUCUUUCUGGAGACGAUGUGGUUGGUGUGUGGUGGUGGUGUUGGUUGGUGUCUGGCAUGUGCAGUAGAGAGCGCAGCGGUCCACCACCCCGACCACCAGGUCCACCUAGCCCUCACGUCCACCCACGUAGGGAGCACAGAUGCCAUCAUCCACGCCCUCGCCUCCUACAGCAACAUCCACAUCUCCACGCUGGAUGUUGACGACAUCAUGGAGGGUACAGGACGACUCGGCAAGUGGCUCCGAGGGAUGGAGUGGACAAAGAGCGACUGGGCUGGAAUCAAUUUGUCGGAUGCGCUACGUCUGGGUGUGGUGUGCUCUGUGGGAGGUAUUUACCUUGACUUGGACGUGUGGACAAUGGCACCCUUGCCUUCCGGCGAGUCAUGGAUUGGCCGUGAACGCUGGGACUACCUCUCCAAUGGUGCCUUCAAACUCCCUAAGGAUCACUGGGUGUGUGAAGAGGCCAUCAGGGAGCUGACGGAACACUUUCGGGGCAAUGUUUGGGCCUAUAACGGUCCAGAGGUCUUCCUGAGGGUGGUGAGGAAGGCUUGCAACAUCCAGAACAUUACUGACAUUCACAAGUGCAAGGAUCUCGUAAUAUUGGCUCCCUCCACCUUCUACCCGAUCCACUGGAGUCACUGGGAAGAGUUCUUCGUAUCUGGUGGUGGCAGUUCUAGGACUUGGCCUCAAAAUACUGUUGCAAUCCACCUUUGGAACAAGCUCAGUAUAGGGGCACCCCUGCACCCCGGAGAUGGCUCGAUCGUUGACAAAACCUCACAGAAGAACUGCCCAAAAAUAUUCAACACCGUCACACAGAUCAAGAAGUUCAGAGAUAACUUGCAAACAAGAAAGAUGCACAAUAUAUCUUCAAAACACAAUCUUGAAGCAUGAGAAAAGCAACCUUCUCCAGUUAUUAUGUUUAUAGCACAAAGUUACUAAGAGAAUGCUGUGUCCACAAUACCAGAGUAUAAAAUAUACUUGUUCAAUAA